AUGGGGUGCAAGUCGUGCCAGAAGCCCAAGGCGCAGCACCGCAAGGGCCUGUGGUCGCCGGAGGAGGACCAGAAGCUCCGCGACUACAUCAUCCGCUUCGGCCACAGCUGCUGGAGCACCGUCCCCGUCAAGGCCGGACUUCAGAGGAACGGCAAGAGCUGCAGGCUGCGAUGGAUCAACUACCUGCGGCCGGGGCUGAAGCACGGCAUGUUCUCCGGGGAGGAAGAAGACACCGUCAUGCGCCUCCACGCCACACUCGGCAACAAGUGGUCUCAGAUAGCGCAGCACCUGCCGGGGCGGACCGACAACGAGGUGAAGAACUACUGGAACUCCUACCUCAAGAAGCGCGUCGAGGGCGCGCGGUCGCCAGCCAAGUCCGCCGGCUCGGACGCGCCGCGGAGCCCGACGCCCAGCGAGAACGGCCAAGAACGCAGCGUCGCUGACCGGCCGGCGAACUCCGGCUCGUCCGGGCCGCCGGCGCUGGAGUCAUCGUCGUCCGCCGACGACUUGAGCUGCCUCACGGGUCCCGGCAUCCGGCCGCACGCGCCCGUGCUCCCCAAGGUCAUGUUCGCGGACUGGCUCGACAUGGACUACGGCACCGCCCUGCUGGCGCCGAGCGGCCUAGACGCGGCCUUCGGAGGCAGCCCGGGCCCGGCGCAGCAUGGUCUGAGCCACCAGGGGUCCGUGCAGGUGGACGGCCCGUGCAGCGGCGGCGGCAACGCCGUGGACUCGUUUCACGGGCUCGGCGACGGCGGCAUCUGCUGGGAUUUCGACGCGGACCUAAUGCAGAUGCAGGGCGGGGCAGUAGGGUUCUGCGACCUGCUCUCCGUCAGCGAUUUCCUCGGGAUCAACUAG